UUUAAUUGAGUCAGUUUAUUUUAGCGGGUCCAUUAUAUUAAAACUAGAACUCGGCUAAUUGAAAUGAAGGCGGCUUAGACGUUGGAAAUUACAUAGGGACGGUGAAGGCAGCACUGCCAUCACUGAUCGGUGGUAGGAAAACAUGGCGGCGUCUGUUUUGGUCCGAAGGUUAGCAGCUCUGUCAGGGUUUUCUGCUGUGGGCGCUGGGGCUUACGGAGCCCACGGUUUCAAAAACAAAGACCCCGAUGACUACCGAAUGACGCUGUAUGAAACUGCCAACAAAUACCAUUUCUACCACAGCCUGGCCCUGCUGGGUGCCGCACACUGCAGAAAACCUCUUGUGGCCGGCACCAUCCUUCUGGCGGGGAUGGGGAUGUUCUGCGGCCCCCUGUACCACCAGGCUUUGACCGGAGACCCCAGCCUGAGCAAAGCGGCUCCCGUGGGUGGUGUAGCUAUGAUGGCCGGCUGGCUGGCCAUGAUUCUCUGAAGUGUGACAGCUCACAUCUUCUCCAGAGGGCCACCGUGCCCCCAGCAAACUGUCAGACCUCGAAUGGUUGAAGUGGAGAGCUUGUAGGGAGUUUGCUGAAGGGAAGAGCCGAGUUAUAAUGUCACCCGUCCAUCGGCUGCCUGCCUCUAGGAGGUGGAUGUCAGCGGGAGAUAAGGUCGCAACAGGAUUAUCACUUUUCAGCCGCUGCUGUCUGACUCUGAUUACUGCCUUGUGACUGUUUUGCUGAACUUUAGAAGAAAAUGAAUGCAGUUUGUUUUAAAUGUUCCCAACCCUACAGCCAUGGAUCAUUUCUAAUGAGUUGUCAGCUUUGGACAAGAAAUGAAUGCACUAAUGAGCUAGCAGAAAUUACAAAUGCUGUGGUAUAUUUUUCUGUAUAAAUCUUUGCAAAGGUAUCCUGAAAUUAUGGCUUGUUUAUAUGUUACUAAGGUCCGCGAUAUGCCUAAGAAAAUUAUCCUUUCCAUUAAUGUUGAAUUUUUUUAAAAUUUGUCAGCUAUUACCUGGUUUCCUACAGAUUGAUUAUUGUUGAUUAAAAUCCCUUGAAAUAAAUUCUCAAGACUUCA